UUACUUACUAAAUAUUAUAGAGUACUGUAUUUGGAUAUUUUAUAAUUUUUGCAUUUUACAUGUAUUUUGUGCAUUGUGACAAAUUACUACUUCUUAUAAAUGUACAAAAAUCCGCAGUGUAAUAGUCAUAACCUAAAAUAUAAUAAAGAAUGUACAUACAUACUUAUAUACAUUAUUAUACUUUUUUUUUUUAUUAGGAUGAAAAAUCGAUACUCUUGCAGAGAAUUAAGUGGCAUACUUUUCAAAUUUGAUCACCUGUGAAUCGAAAUUUCAUUGCAGUGUAUAAUGACUAGACCGCUGAUGUUUAUGCAUUUUUGGGAAAUUUAAAAUCUCAAAAAUUUACAAAAUGCAUAUAAUACAUAAAAGAUGUUUUGAAAUGGAUGCUGUGCCAAAUUGAUUUGAUAGGCCGCAGCCAUUCUUGUUUUCGGGACGUUGGCGGUUGGCAACGACGCUUCCAACGUAUUCCAAGGGAUGAAUCGAAUACUGCAGGUUUUUUUAUUAUUUAUCCACAGAGUGUUAAUUAACAUUUAAAAAGUAGUCGUUUCUAUGCGUUAGAAACCGUAAUUGACUGGCCAAGUUAUAACAAUUUAGAAAGUAUGCGGCCGGAUUCACGUAGCGUUUCGUUUACGUUUCACCGGGAAGUUCUGAAUGUCAAAAAUUCACCGGAGAUCACGAAAAAACUGAGACGACGCCUCCAGGAUCGUUUCGAGAAGGAAAAGCCCGGAGAUUCUUGUAAGGAGAAAAUGUCAAAAGAUAAGCAAACAGGUGACCGUAGCUGGAACAAUUUAAGUCUUGGAAAUAUGUCAGCGGAUUCUAGACGUGCUCUGCGGAGCGGAGCCGAAAAGUUAUCAAAAACUAUAUCUUCUGUACGUACAACUUUUGGAACUAUUUCACAGAAGUUUAAGAGUUCCACACGUAGACGUCAAAGACUGGAGGAGCAACAAUCUCCAAAUAGCAUUUGUAAAAUGCAAACUCCACAGACUCGUUCUCGCCAGCUCCUUGGUAGAACACCAACAAAGCUUUAUAGUCCUUUUGGCAUAGAAUCUCCAAGACAUGCGUGGAACAAAGAGAACAAUGAAACACCGGUGCAUACUCCUCCAGGAAUGAAUACACGAUAUAUCCAAUGUAGGCCAUUCCGUUUCACCAGAGCUAAAGGAUUCUCUAUGUUGAGAUAAAAUCUCUUUCUUUAGUUAUUCUUUUCUUAAAUGUUACUUGAAUGAUCUCUUUAAUUCCCAGCAAUGCAUUCAGGAUUGUGUGCCUUGUGCAACGUACAAUUGAAUUAUUUAUUCAAUUUUAAUUAAGCUAGUGAUCUACUUUGACAUAUUUGUAUCUCUCUAACAUAUUAUCUAUGAUAUCAAACUGCUUUACAUGUACAUGUAAUGUAUAAUCUAUUUAUACUUUUUUAUACAUAUUUAUAUUGAUAAUUAUUAUUAUUGCAAUAUUGAAUAAAGAAGAAGCAUAAGAAACUCUUUAA